CACCUAUAAGGGCCACCACACCACCACCACUAAGCAGUUUCGUUUCUCGUCAGUCCAAAAUAUCUCUGCCAUUAAAGUGUACUUUUAAUGGAGCCGAAGCAGGGUUCCUUCAGGCAUGGAAUACUCGAGAAACGCGAAAAGCUUCUGUCAAAUAAUGGUUUCUCCGAUUUUAGAUUCACCGAUAUCGAGUCGAACGAUCUUCUCGAAAGCGAGAAUUAUGGAAGGACUCGGUUUUGCUGCUGUUCGUGCGGAAACCUAUCCGAGAAAAUCUCCGGAAUGUACCAGGAUGCCAAAGAUGUGGGGAGGAAGGCCUGGGAGAUGGGCGUGUCUGAUCCGAGAAAGAUCGUCUUCUCCGCGAAGAUUGGGCUUGCUCUGACGAUUGUCGCGGUUUUGAUAUUCUUCCAGGAACCUAAUCCGGAUCUCAGCCGUUACUCUGUCUGGGCUAUUCUCACUGUCGUCGUUGUGUUCGAAUUCACGAUCGGAGCAACUCUAAGCAAAGGUUUUAAUCGAGCGCUUGGGACGUUAUCAGCUGGAGGUCUUGCCCUUGGAAUGGCCGAGCUUUCUACACUAACCGGAGACUGGGAAGAGCUCUUCUGCACCAUUAGUAUCUUCUGCAUUGGGUUCAUUGCAACUUUCAUGAAGCUAUAUCCGGCGAUGAAAGCAUAUGAAUACGGGUUCCGCGUUUUCUUGCUUACAUAUUGCUAUAUUCUGAUUUCCGGGUUCAGAACAGGGCAGUUCAUAGAAGUAGCUAUCUCCCGGUUUCUGCUUAUAGCUCUUGGUGCUGGUGUUAGUUUAGGUGUCAAUAUGUUUAUCUAUCCUAUAUGGGCUGGAGAGGAUCUUCAUAACCUUGUUGUGAAGAAUUUCAUGAAUGUCGCGACUUCUCUUGAAGGUUGUGUCAACGGAUACUUGCGGUGUGUUGAGUACGAGAGAAUCCCAUCCAAAAUCCUCACUUACCAAGCCUCAGAGGAUCCGGUUUACAAGGGUUACAGAUCAGCGGUUGAGUCAACCAGCCAAGAAGAGUCUCUGAUGAGUUUCGCAAUAUGGGAGCCUCCUCACGGACCAUACAAAUCAUUUAACUAUCCAUGGAAGAACUACGUCAAGCUCAGUGGCGCUCUCAAACAUUGUGCAUUCACUGUCAUGGCAUUACACGGCUGCAUUCUCUCAGAAAUCCAGGCACCAGAGGAACGAAGACAAGUUUUCCGUCAAGAACUUCAGAGAGUGGGCGUAGAAGGAGCCAAAUUGUUAAGAGAGCUUGGUGAGAAAGUGAAGAAGAUGGAGAAGCUAGGACCACUCGACCUUCUCUUUGAAGUACAUCUAGCUGCAGAAGAGUUACAGCACAAGAUCGACAAGAAAUCUUACCUUCUCGUCAAUUCCGAAUACUGGGAGAUCGGAAACCGAUCCAAGGAACCAAAGUCAGAGCCUCAAGAACUUCUCUCCCUCGAAGAUUCAGAUACACUAGAAGACAACGAGGCUCCAAUCUACGCCUUCAAAUCGCAAAGCGAGGCGGUUCUUGAGAUACCAAAGAGCUGGGGAGAGAAGAAUCACCGUGAGCCGUUGAACAAUAGGCCUACUCUCUCGAAGCAGGUGUCGUGGCCUGCAAGACUUGUGCUUCCGCCGCAUCUGGAGACGACGAACGGAGAUUCGCCGCUGCUUGAAACGACGGAGACGUACGAGAGCGCGAGUGCGUUGUCUCUCGCAACGUUCGCGUCUCUCCUGAUAGAGUUCGUGGCUCGGUUGCAGAAUGUGGUUGAUGCGUUCGAGGAGUUGAGCCAGAAAGCCAACUUUAAGGAGCCGGAGGUUGUUACGGCGACAACAGAUGUAGAAUUCGCCGGAGAAAGGCUCGGGCUUGGCCGUAAGAUCUGCCGGUGUUUCGGGCUGUAAGGUUUGUCUCUUUUGGAAAUUUGCAUCAGCGUUUCUCUUUAACGCGCGAGAUAUGAUGAUAGUUAAAACUGUUAAUUGUAACCCAACUACGUAUACGACUAAACUAGUAAAGAAAUCAAGAGGCAUAUUUUAACCCCUAAA